UGAAUAUCAACUGACUACUUAGCUUUCAGAGGAGGAGGAGUGGCAGCUUGGUUGUUUGUCUAUUCACUAGCCUGCAUUGUCCUUCCAGGGAUUUGUUGACAGCCAUCUCCUUCAGUAUAACUGUAUGGGGGAGAUCAUCCCACAGAAGGCCUGAGUGAGAGUUGAUGACAAGAUCACAAAUAAUCAGUCAAAGCACAGAACAGUGAUCUCCUAGCAACAGGGCUGCUAGUAGGGCAGGGAGCAGCCCAGCAAGGCUACCUCAGGCUCCUGCUGCUCCCCCUUCAGGAUAGUAGCCCAUACUAUGGAAGCAGGAAGGAUAUAGGCACUGAGGGAAGAUGUUGGGUGGACGCUCCCCCCAAACCAGGAUUAACAUUGAGGAGGAAACUGAGAGUCUACUGGAAAAGGCCUUGGAGAAGGAAAAAGAAAGAGAAACACCUUUGGGACACAGAGAUACAUGGUGGAGUCUUUUACUUAGACCAACACCUACGCCAGGUACUUAUGUAGUACGGGAUUUUAUUGAAGAAGCCCAGCUCAACCCAGUGAAAGCGACAUAUAAUUUUAAAGGAGAAGGCAGAAAGAGACCUUCCAUCUUCCAACCAACAGCUGAUCUCACGCUACCAGAUGUUUAUACAUACAUUCCUCCUAGCUUUGUAGAUCUGGCAGGAAAAAAGCCAGCUACAUAUUCAUUUAAAAGCUCACCAAGGAAAAGUCCCAGCACCUUAUGUUUUAAAGAUAAGGAUAUUGACACUGCACCAGGCCAGUAUGAUCUUUUCCCUGUUCCAGUGCCCACAUUUGCAUCCAAGCAGUUUAUGUUUCGUUCUGCAGUUCAAAGAUUCCCAACAACUUACUUCACUCCUAAAGAAGGGCCAGGGCCAGGUGAAUAUGAAAUGAAGGAAAAAACACCUCAUCCUGUAUCUUCGUGUUUCCAGUCCAAAGUGCCUAGGCUGCAGCCAGUCCGUUCAAAAAUACCAGGUCCAGGAGCUUAUGAGCCCACAAGACAGUUUCCAAAGCAGCCACGAACUAUUGCGAGCCUGGGUCACGAGCACAGCAUCUUCUUUAGCAACACAUUUGGAUUUUAGAAUAAAAGAAAGCCCCAUCCUCUCUCUCCGCCCUUAGAAA